UUCCCAUUAUAGCAUAAAAAAAUACAUCUGUGUCUGGUGAUAAUUCACCUAUGUUCCUCCAUGCAUUAUUAGUUUAGAGCACUCUAUAUGUUGUCGCUUUAUAAAAUUCAGUCCGUUUGUUUUGAGUCAUUCCUCCACAUCCAAUAUGGCUGACGUAAUAAUGUAUUUAUUAUCAUGCCAAUAUUUUCAAGAGAGGAUCUAGUAUACAAGUCUAUGUGCUAAACUGUUUUAGUCCAGUGGGCUCCCCCUACUUUCGAGUAUGAUGUUUGAUGUCACGCAAAUAGCUACGGACGUUUUUAAAACUCAGUUUAAAACGGAUAGCGUAUAUUAUUUUGUGACGUCUGAAAUUAGACGUAAUACGUUUUAUGCCCGAGUGCGUGACAAAUGAUCGAUCCGACCAAGCUUUCAGUAGAUCGUGAGGCUCACUAAUGCUGACUAAAUAGCUCAAUUUAGCUAACCUAUACGAAUUUGACUGAUUUAAAUAGCGAUUUUACAGUUUAACUGCGACGGUAUAUCUUAUUGCAGGUGAUUGAAGAUUAUGGAGAGUAAAUAUAACCUCAAGAGUCCUGCGGUGAAGAGGUUGAUGAAAGAGGCUGCUGAAUUGAGAGAGCCCACAGAGCACUACCAUGCCCAGCCAUUGGAAGAUAACCUAUUUGAAUGGCACUUCUCCGUACGUGGACCCCCCGAUUCAGAUUUUGAUGGUGGCAUCUACCAUGGCAGGAUUGUGCUUCCCCCGGAGUAUCCUAUGAAGCCUCCCAGCAUUAUUCUUCUCACAGCUAAUGGGAGAUUUGAAAUCGGGAAGAAGAUCUGUCUGAGUAUAUCGGGUCACCAUCCAGAGACAUGGCAGCCUUCAUGGAGUAUACGAACUGCUCUAAUUGCCAUAAUUGGAUUCAUGCCAACAAAAGGAGAGGGUGCAAUUGGUUCUCUUGAUUAUACACCAGAAGAGCGGAGGGUCCUUGCCAAAAAGUCCCAGGAUUUUUGCUGCGAGACAUGUAGUUGUACAUUGCGCUCAGCACUCCUGCCUCUGACCCCAAACAGCAACCUCAACCCAGAGGACCACAUGGCAAAUGAUUUCGCUCAACAAAUGAACUGCAAGGCAGACUCAAGUUCAUCCAGUAAAACGGAGAACCAGAGUGACGUUGACACCAAUAUUUCCAACCUUACCCAGGAAGCCGCCUCGAAUUCUUCAGGCGACGCAGUUGUCGAUCCGCCCCAGACUGAGCAGGCAGAAGUGUCAGCAGCUGCGAGAACGGAAAGACCGCAAACUCCUUUGGACACUGAUCAUCCUCACAGUCCACGGCAGCGUCGUGUCCGGCAUGCUCAAAGAGACAACAGAGAAGCUCCAAACAGACCACCUUUAAUUGCAAGGGUACACGAGGCACAAGAUGAGAGCCACGCAGGCUCUGCUAUGCUUAUAGUGGUGCUCUCUCUGAUCCUGGCUGCACUUAUAUUCCGUAGGAUUUACCUGGCCCAUGACUACAAGUUUGAUUAUGACUUUUCUUAGGUAUUACUUAUUCUCACUUCCUAUUAUUAUCAAUCCUAUUGUGGCCCCUUCAUACUACCGCUAGAAUAUACUGCCAUGUUGGGUCUUUUCAACGGGAAGAGGUGGAAGCCCAGCUAGGUAAAAUUCAAGCUUUUACAUAACAAAUGACAAAUGAGAGUGGUGGCAUUGCUUUGGAUUUGAAAUCACAGCUUUCGUAUGAAAAGUUGUUUCAAAUCGAGACGAUGUUGCUCACAGCACGUUCCAUAAUUGUGUAUCUGUAAAUAAAUGAUUUUGCCAUCA